GCUGUCCAAUGGGAGAGGAGCAUCGGGCAGCGCGCGGGAGACGACGACGCUCGCGCUGCCGCCACCAGGCAACGGGUUCACUUCGCGAGGAGAGAGAGACAAAGACGCGUGUGGGUGGUAGUAGUUGCUGCUGCUGCUGAGAUUAUCGCUUUGAACGGGAGCCGGAGUUGAACGCUGAACUGGUCCUUACUGGCAUAACCCCGGUGACAUCAUGGCCAAAGAUGUCGGAUAUUUUGACAAGAACGGAGAGUUAAGGGGCUUUUUGGAAAACUUCAGCCCAUCCAAAAGCACCGUCUCUGUGGUCACGCUUCCCGUUGGGAGCCUGGGCUCGCCCGGCAAGCACAUCCUGCCCAAGACGCUCGCCCCGUCCAACGUGAACGUGCCCCAGCAGAUGUUGCUGGGCACUCCCCAGCGCAACGCUGCCAUGGCUGGCGCAGUGCUGAUGGGCAACCAGCACGGGCAGCACGGGCAGCAAGCGCAGCACACGCAGAUGCGCCCCCUGGACAGCCCACCAACAUGGUCCGGCAAGGGCCGCAAGGGAGACAAGAACGGCAAGGGCCUGCGCCACUUCUCAAUGAAGGUGUGCGAGAAGGUGCAGCAGAAGGGCACGACGUCGUACAACGAGGUGGCCGACGAGCUCGUGGGCGAGAUCACCAGCAGCGCACGACUGGCGGCCGCCGCCGGGACGUACGACCAGAAGAACAUCCGUAGGCGCGUGUACGACGCCCUGAACGUCCUCAUGGCCAUGAACAUCAUCUCGAAGGAGAAGAAGGAGAUUCGCUGGAUCGGGCUGCCCACCAACUCGGCGCAGGAAUGCCAAAACCUGGAGCGGGAGAGGCAGAGGAAGAUGGAGAGGAUCAAGCAGAAGCAGUCCCAGCUGCAUGAGUUGAUCCUGCAGCAAAUCGCCUUCAAGAACCUGGUGCAGAGGAACCAGGAGAUGGAGAAAGUGACGAAGCGGGGGCCCGCACACAACACUGCCAUCCACCUGCCGUUCAUCAUCAUCAACACGAGCAAGAAGACCGUCAUCGACUGCAGCAUCUCCAGCGACAAGUUCGAGUACCUCUUCAACUUUGACAACGCGUUUGAGAUCCACGACGACGUUGAGGUCCUCAAGCGCAUGGGGCUCACGUUCGGCCUGGAGACGGGGACGUGCUCGCCCGAGAACAUGGAGCGUGCGCGCCUCCUCGUGCCCAAGGCCCUGCAGCCGUUCGUGCGCGACAUGGCGUGUCAGGAGUUCGAGUCGGCCGAUCAGAACGCCGCGUCCGGCCGGCUGGACGGGCUGCCCUCUCCGCUGGACAUCGAGGUGGACGGCGCCACGUUGGCGUUGGCGGUGGUCGACGCGGCCCCUCGCUCCGGCGGCGGCGGCCGCUCCCGCAACGCGACGCCCUUCUCCUUCCUUGGCGACGAGGAGGAGGAGGACGAGGAGGAGGAGGACGAGGAGGAGGAUAGUGAAGAAGACAGCGACGAGGACGAUGACUCGGACUAACCGGGUGCGUGGUUGUCACGUCUCCCGCACCGCCGCCAGUGCGGAGACGCGGAGAUCACGCGGCGCGGGCAGUGCCAUCCAGGCCGAGGUCACAUUCACACAAACACCCCCCCCUCCUUCCUCCCCCUCCUCCCGUUGCCCGCGUUCAACUGGGGCCACGGCGAGGACCAGGUCUUUUAAGUAUAUCCGACCUGACCUGGGCACAGCUAAACCUGACGUGCAAGGAGACUGUUCUUCGGGUUCAACGUACCGCACACGAGGCGUCGCCAGCCGACCGCGUUGAUCGCGCACCGAGGUUGCUGUUGUUGUUGUUGCGCAUCCAAGAAAGCGUGGCCCUUCAUGAGGGAAACGAAUCUCGGGUUUCUACAUCGUGUGCGAGCUCCGCCCCCUAAAGGCGUUGGUGGGCCGAUCGCACGAACCGCCCGUUUAAUCGCCUCCGCCCGCGACGUCAAUUUGACGUUCGAGCGACAGCAACGUAAGCUGGCGCCACCCUCGAGCCCCAUCUCUCAUGCACGUGGACCUGAAGCGAAGACAGCUGCAACUCGGCCACUUCCUGCGCUCCGGAAGAUGACGUGCGUCGCCGUGCGUCGCCAUGGAAAUGUGCCGACGUGCCGCUCCCCCCUUCCCUACAUCGGGCAAACGAGCUCUGGUGCUGGCCAGGGUCCUCUUAAUUAAAACCUGCCGUGGGUUCCAAACAACCCCCUUUUUUUUUUUUAAAAGCCUGUUCGGAUCCGAGCAAGUUUAAAUCCGAGUUGUGAUUCCUUGUGUUCCUGAUACAACUCUCCCGUGCGGUGUGCAGGAUUCACUUAGCAGUGCGAGUGCCGCUGCCUAGGGGCGGAUUUCUUGCUGUGAACAAACGCUUUUGCUUGUAAUUCCCCACGUUCUUUAUUCAUUUGCGGUCCAGGUUUUUUUUAUCAGACUGUGCAGCCCAUCGUAGCUCCUUAAUUCAGGCCGGUGUUUUUUUUUUAUAGGUCCAGAAUUUAGCGCAGGCUACAACCCUCUUCUGUUCUUGCAGUUUCCUCUUUUUUUUUCGCAGCCACACUGAUGAGCUGUUCAAUCAUAUGUUCAACACAGAUCCUCGCACAUAACUCGGAGCAGAUCCGGUCAAGAUGAACGCACAAGCGUAAACUCGGUUUCGGCAAUGUCUCUGCUGCGUCAGGCGGGUCUUUUAACGCGUAUAUUUUUAUAUCCAGCAGUCGACUGCCAUCGGUGUGUUCCUAUCUACAGCCUCCGGUCCCUUCGGCAAACGUGCAGCUAUGUGGCUGAUAGGGUCAGUCCUCUUUGUACCUGUGAGUCCGACGCCAGCCGUUCAUUGGCCUCUAUUUAAUAACCACUGAGAUCGUUUUAUGUUGCGUACGGAAGAGCAGGGUAUUUAUAGUUUACGCGGGGACUACGACGUUGCGAGUAGAUUGCGCGCGGCGCGUCGCUGGUGCCCGUGCGGUGACGAGCGCUCGUUGGCGAGCGCUUGCAAACGGGCGCAGGUCGCCGUGUGGCACCAACGAUGCGGGGAUCACGUCGAUGGUGCCACCCGGCGACCUGCUCUCGCUAACGAGCGGCGUGGCCGUCCCCUCGCUGCGCGUGCCACGCUCGCACGCCCGGUCUCUCUUUAACGCGAGUCCUGCUGCGAGCACGAUCCCGAACCGUUGGCCAAGUCCAAGCCCUUUGCUCUCACCCUCGUCUCGGCCGUGCUGCGUUAGCUGCGCUAGCGACGCUGGUGGCUGGAUACUCGUGAGGGCCGCGUGAUUGUGCUGAGCCAGCACCGCUGGGAAUCCUCGGCGUGAGUCCAGGCAGUCACUCCAGCUGCUCCCUGCUGGUGGGCCGAUAGUCUCGGCCCAGGCACCGACGACUACAAAAAAUAUAAGCAUCUCCUUUUACGAGUUCGUUCCUUCACGUUACCGAUCGCCGAUGGGGGGGGGGGGGGGGGGGGAACGCGCAGAGAGCCGCUCCUUGCAGCACGAAAGGGGCGCACCUGGCACGUGUUGCGUAAGGGCAUCCUCGUGAAACGACCGCACAAGUACGUUUGCGUGCCUCUUAUCCGCAGUGAACUUGGGGGACCCGUUUGCAGAUGAGCAAAAUUGUGGAUCUGAGGAGUCGUGGUGUAGUCUGAGAAAAGAUUUCUCUUAACCGCGACGUUGUUGGAAAAUAUGCGGGGCGACGGGAAUGAUUCUGCGUGCGGGACAACGCGCGCCGCAGGUGUGGUGCCUGAGCAUCGUGAACGUCGGGAUGAGUUCUCCACUUGGGUGUGGUUUGUGAAUCCAACUCCCUCGCCGUGUCGUGCAGGCCUCCUCUUCUUAUCCAAGGAAGCCAUGGAGAAUGGAGGUGAAUUUAAGAACUGGCAACACGUUUUCUUUCUGUUAUCUUUUAACUCGAGGGUAGGCGAGGAGCGCCGACGCUGGGUGAUUGGGAAUAGUUGCAAGAUCUGUUAGGCCCUGCGGAUAAUAGGAUCGCAGAUGAGAGGAGACUCGUUGUGAGUUGAUGGUCUCGCACCGUUCUCCCGGGUCGUUCUGGCGCACCACGUGUGACCCACCCCGUGCUGACCGAAAGAGGAAUACGUGAGGGAUGUUCGUCGACUCAUAAUCGAUUUUUGGGGCUGAUCGCGCAAGUUCGAAUGUGUCUUGAACCCUCCAACCGACGCAGCCAAUAUAUAAGUUUGACACACAAACGAUCAAUUACGAAUGAUGUUGGUCACGAAAAGCGCUGUGUGUUAAAUGUAUCAACUUCUACGAGGUGGAUGCUUUUUGCAAUUCCGUCAACUGUGCAUGGUCAUGCCGGUUGUAAACUAGCACUGAAACGUCGUAGCCAAUUGUUACAUAUGUGUGUGGAUCGCUCUCCCAAACACCACAUCGGUGUGCUGAAGCAGUCAUAAAAUUGGCACGUUUGUUCUUCACGUGACUACUUUAUAUUAAUUGGCUGUGUUGGGUGGAGGAUUUACGACACAAUUUACUUCCACCAUCUGACCCAAAAAAACCAUCGUAUGAAUCAUGAUAUUGGAAGCCUCCGUGUUAAAGGGGGGGAUGUUGGUGAUUUAUGUCGUAAAAAUAUAUAUGUAAGAGUUUCAUCCCAAAAUUUAUCCUAAAAACCAGCCAUAUUUGUAGGUCUGCGUGCAUGCUUGAUGCGUACCUCAGCCAUGCAACAAACACUGUUCAUCACUGCCGUCCGUUACGAUUUUUACGAUCGUUUGUGUUAAAGCUGCGCCUAAUCAAUGCCAUCCUCUCCAAGACUGCGGGUUCUACCCCCACCCCCUGCCCGCCCGCCUCUCCAAUAGGAGCCGCUGACAAGACGAUUGGAACCUCUGCUCCUGUUUACCGAGAAUACAUCAAGCACUUUGAUCCGCCGCUGUUACAAAAAUACGGUGCACCGUGCGCGCCGCCAUCUGACGUUUGCUGUGCAGGCGGUUUGUCUGCCGUCCUACGUGGCAGUUUCUGUUUUUGUGAUCCCUUUGGGUUUUAAAGCGAAGCCGAAUUGCUUUUCCAAGAGUCUCGGCAAUGGAGGGCAGUUGCAGAAUCACCGUGUGUGUUGUGAGCGCGUUUGGAGCUGUGUGGGGGAAAAAAAGGAGAGGCCAGAUGAAGCGUUAUAUAGUAAUCGGUAUUCUAGUCAGAAUAUUUGUUUACCGGAGGAAUCCGAUGACCUGUAAAGAUCUUUGUUUCGCAGAUGUCCAGUAAACUUAUGCUAAUUAAUAACUACAGUAGCAUCAGUUGUUUUCCUGAGAGCCUCAAUGAGUCUUUUCCUGAGUCUCACAAAUCUGGCUGUCGCCUGAUGAAGCUAGUUGCAAUUACUGGCGAAACGUCAUGCUCAGAUUGUAAAUGUUGUGGCUUGGCUCUCCCAACACACUGGUGUGCUGUACUUACUAAUUUGCUGUGUCGGUUGGUGGCGGGUUUAACGACACAUUUUUAUAUUUACGCGAUUUAACCCCCAAAAUAAACCUAUUAUGAAUCUUCUUGGUUCUUUCGGUAAAGUCACGUAAAAGGGAAAUAAUAAAAUAAUAAUAAAAUAUUAAAGAAUUCUCACGACGUUUCAGCCACAACGCAAGCAGUCGUCAGGUGAAGAACAGGUCUGUCAGAAAGACAGCGUCUAUUUUUAUUUUAUUAUUUCCCUUCUACGUGACUUUACCGAAAGAACCAAGAAGAUGAAUCCCUGCAGUCACGAAAGCUUUAAAUCGAAACUAUUAUGAAUCAAUGAGUCUUAAAAAAUAUAUAUCAGGCUGGUCCCGCUACUUUAGGAUGUUUGGCCGGUUCCCAUUAAUGGCGGUUUUUGCUUCAUUUGGAGGACAGCGGUGAAAGGCCCAGUACUGUCAUAUCCCCUCCUGGUGACACCUCGGCCAUACGCCUACAACACCUGGCAAGCCCCGGUUCCGACAGGCUUAACCCCCACCCCCGGCUGUGCUUGUGAGAGUUAAUAAGACCGAACCCUGCUCGAUGUGCUGUUUGCGUCGCUGUGUUUUGGCCAAAGUUGUGAUGUAGUGGCAUCGUUAAGUGGGUCAUUGUGUGAGCACCACAUGAUCCAGACAUUCCCAUCCAUGAAUGUCUCAAAUUAUGACGAUAAGGCUUCAAACAUCCACUCGGGCUUGUUGUACACGUUCAUCUUUAUCCGAGUUUCGUCCAAUUAUUGAAUCUGAUAUCACUUUCUGUACGUGUGCACUAACAGUGGUCAACUGCCAAGGUGAUUGAUUACACUUGUAAUCAACGGACGCUGUACACCGCGGUGGCGAGAUGUUAACUACCUCGCCUGGUACGCAGGAGAUCGUGGGUUCGAUCCCGACCCUGACGCCUGCUGUACAUUUGGAGUUUUCAAGUUCUCUCCGUGGCCGCGUGGAUUUUUCUCCGUGUCCUCUGGUUUUUUUCCCCUCCACAUUUAGAAACACGCCUUUCGAGUAUUUGGCCGCUACACAUUUCUACACGAUAAGCCACUUAGUUGAGCUAUCAUUUGUGGCCAAAUCGCUUGUAAAAUAAAGCUAAAUAGCUCAGUGGAUAAAAAAAAGUUUAGUAUAUUGUCUCGUGUUGGUUGUCAGUCUGGACAUUGUGUUUGUGUCCAGAGUCUGGCUCUUGGUACCGUUAAGAAUAUCCGAUGCGAUUCCUGCCUCAAACACACCCGUGUCAUGGCGCAAAAGUUAUCUUUGCCAAAGCAGUUUUCGUCUUCCGUCAAAAACCCGCGCCGUGACGCCGAUGCCCCCCCCCCUCCUCCUCCUCACACCCCCCCCUCCUCAUGGACCCCCCCCCCCCACUGCGUUGUGUGCAACACGGCCCAUGUGCGCGGUGCUCGGCCAUCGGCGUCGAUCCAAGGGGGGGAGGGCAAUGGGUGAUCGAUUGCCCCCCCACCGAGACCUGUGAUGAGUGUCACUCGUGUGUAGGCUGCGCGUCGCGUUUAGUUAAUCGACUAAUUUAGAUUCUCGUGCGCAGGACACAAACGCACGCUCGUGUGCCGUGUGCGUGUUAGCGAGCCGUCGUGUAGCGGUGAGCGCACUGCUCUUCGGAGCCGGCGACCCGAGUUCGAUUCCCGCUCACGGCCAACAUCGGUGACGAUUAUCUGAACCGGUCCUGGGCCCCUUGCCUAGGUCGACUCAGCCUAAAAUGAGUACCUGGUGCGGUGUGUAAGCAUUGCCAUUGGGGGGAGAUGAAGGUAGCCGGACGUGGUGGUGGCCACCCACCCCCUCGUGUGCCGUGUCCCGGCCUUCACAGGUGCUCGCUCACAGCACUUGCCCCAACAGUCUGUUCAGGCUACAUGGCUGGAGGAGGGGGCAGCGAAGGGGGGGUUUUUGUAGUCGACCCGUGGGUCUGAGAGUUGACGUCCUGGGAUUUCUUUGGUGAUUGCGUGCUAGUUUGUGGCAGAGGUCGCAAACGGGUUUUGAUUCCUUACCCGUACCCGGCCGCACCAGGGUCUCAAACGGCUACCCGUGCCCGGCCGGGUACGAGUAGCCGGGUAUCGGGUAGGGUACAGGUAUCGGGUACCCGGUUGCGACCUCUGGUUUGUGGUGUGCUCCCUCGGGACUUGUGGAAUGCACAGACACACGAGAGACAGAGAACCAGUACGAGCGCCUUUGGGUGGGUGAAACGAGACGCACAAGUAAAUUGCAACAACGAAACCGUGCCCGAAGCAUUCACCUCGUCAUCGCUGUGGUGGUGGUGGGGGGGGCUACAUCCUUUGCGUACCGAGUGUUGACCCUUGCCAGCCUUAAUCCACCGAGCCGCCAGAGAGCCUCUCGAAUGGCCCCAUAAUCUCAGUAUCCACACGCACAAGACGUUGCUGGGGUUUCCCCCCCAACCCACCCUACCCCUUGCCAUAAGAAAAAGUCGUCUAGCACUCGGGAAAUGCGCGGCCCGUGCGUUUGCGCUCUGAUCUUGGCGCCGCGUUAUCUCCGAACAAGGGCAACCCACGGGAGGGCUCGAAUCUUCUUUUGUGUCGGCGUGUUUUUACUCUUGUGUGGGAUGCAAUCGAAUAUCAUCCCCCCCCCCCCCCCCGUGGGUGAAUUCCGCGUGCGUGUGUUCUAAAGCGAGAGCUGCCAAUGUUAAUGUAGUCGAUGGUAUAAUUGUGUUAUACUCCACGCUGCGUUUGUGAUUUGUGUUGCUUUUUAUGAUUUGAGAAUUUUUAGUAAUGUUACCCCAUUGAAACGAAUCGUAGCCACGCUGGUGGUUGUGGUUCACAAUGUUCUGCUGACAUAGAAGGCAGGCACAUGGACGUGUGUGUUGUGUGCGCGCGCGCGCAUAUAUGUGUCGCGCUUAGCGCGCUGCACAAGGAAUGCGGCAACACCAUUGGCGAUUAUCUGAACCGGUCCUGGGCUUCCCCUAGGUCUGCUUAGCCUCACAUGAGUACCUGGUGCAGUGUGUAGACCGCCACUAGGGAGACAAAGGCGGCCGGGCAUGGUGCUGGCCUCUCACCCCGUCGUGUGCCAUUCCGGUCUUCAUAGGUGCUACUCGCUAACAGCACUUGCCCCAACAGUCUGUUAAGGCUACACGGGAGAUCUUUGUCUUGUGAUGCAUAUUUCUAUUUUACCGUGUCUGCCCAUGUUGCGGUUGUUGUAUCUACAAGAUUCUCGCUAUUGCCAAGCCUCAUGUUGGAAGUAUUGUGCCGAUUUCAAUCGCGUCUUCCCCAGGACUAAGCCCUCCUCCGGCAGGCGCAGACGAUUUGUUCGGUGCACCCAAAUUGGCUCCAAACUCGCUCGUAGUCCACAAUGCGCAAAGGCAACAGCAACGACAAAAACACUUUAAUAUCGGUGUCACGAUGCAUCGCUUCAUCGACGUUGAAUGUUCGAUUCUUAAACUCGCGACACGUCUGUUCCUGUUGCCCGUGUAAGAGUCAAAUGUUCCGUUGGUUUUGAGCAGUGUUCUUCAUUGCGGGGAGCGGUGGUGUAGCGGUUCGUGCGCUGCGCUUCGAGCUCGACAACCCGACUUCGAUUCUCGCUCACGGCCACCAACACCAUUGACGAUUAUAUUGUCUGAACCGGUCCUGGGCCUCCUCUAGGUCGACUCGGCCUCAAAUGAAUACCUGGUGUUUCCAACCCAGCUUAAAUAUACGCUGCCAAGCCUGGUGGUGCCCAUUCAGACGCUGUCUUUCCGACAGACCUGUUAUUCACCUGAGGACGGCUGCUUGCAUUGUGGCCGAAACGUCGUGAGAAUUAUUUUAUUAUUUUUUAUUAUUUUAUUUUUUCCCUUUUACGUGACUUUACCGAAAGAACCAAGAAGAGUAAAACCUUUGUUUGCCAGUCUUCACACACCCCCCCUCCUCCUCCUCCCCAUUGAAACGCAAACGUCAUUACAUGCCGCACGCACCUGAUGAUUGUUAAACUCACCCCGCGUUGCCCCCCGUUACGCGCGGCAGUUGAGGGCGACUUUUGUUGAUCUCUGGCUGCGUGCGGUUUAAUUGGUGGCCGACUCCGUGGUUGUUGAUUCUCACCCGCCAGCUCGCUCAAAGGGACGAGCUUCGGUGGUGCAACGUCCACCCCCCCCCCCCCAAAAAACAAAAAGCCCUCCUCGAGAGGGGGGGGGAUGGAGGCUGGGGGAUGUCACGGCCAGUGACUCGUAACGUCAGCAAAAAGCCCCAUUGUAAAAAGUCUGAUAACAAAAAACAAAUGUACAGCUGGGAUCUUGACGCGUGUUUUAAACGGUAGAUUCCGAAUGGACUUAUUAGCGUCUCGUUGCGCUUGAAACUCAAGAUGCUGGAGUGAAACAGUCUGCAUGAUUUGUCGAGGAGGGUGAGGGAGCGAGCAUUUCGGGUCAGAGGUAGAUGACACGGGGGGCAACUUGUGAGCCUGGGGUUUGAGAGGUGUGGGGGAGUCGUCGACACCACGGAUGGCUCCUCGGCGGGAGUUGUUUGCCUGACCCUGGGUGCAGCAGACGAGAAUUUGCCAACACACAGCGAGCGGGAACUGUUCGUUCGCUUUGAAAUAAACCAAACAUUAUUUCUG